AUGGUCCGCCUCGCCCCCUUCGAAGUCGAGAGAUGGAUGGAUGAGUAUGAGGUUACGCCUGGCGUCAUCAAUAUCGCCGAGACCUGUGCCGCCUCUAUUUCUAUUGAUGAGCUCGUCGCGCUCUCCGAAGAUACGUCAGGCAAGAGCCCCAUCGACACCUCGACAUGUCUUGUCUACGGCGCCAUUCCCGGCUCUCAGGCCCUCCGCAGCAACAUUGCCUCCCAGCAUGAGAAUCUCUCGUCCGAGAACGUGCUCAUCACGCAGGGCGCCAUAGCUGCCAACUUUCUGACUCUCUACACCCUCGUCGGCCCCGGCGACCACGUCAUCUGCGUCUACCCUACCUACCAGCAGCUCUACAGCGUGCCCCGGAGCCUGGGCGCCGACGUCACCCUCUGGAAGCUGAAGGCCGAGAACGGCUUCGUCCCGGACGUCGCGGAGCUCGAAGCCCUCCUCCGGCCCAACACCAAGAUGAUCAUCAUCAACAACCCCAACAACCCGACCGGCGCUUCGAUUCCGCGCCCCGUGCUCGCGGCCCUCGUGGCCACGGCGCGCGCUCGAGACAUCACCAUCCUCUCAGACGAGGCCUACGCCCUCGCCGGCAUCCGCAUCGGCUGGAUCGCCUCGCCGCGCGCCGCCCUGGUCGCCCGCCUCGCCUCGGCCCGCGACUACACCACCAUCAGCGUGUCGCAGCUCGACGACCAGGUCGCCGCCUACGCGCUGGCGCCGGCCGUGCGGACGCCGCUGCUGCGGCGCAACGUCGCCCUCGCGCGGACGAACCGGGCGCUCGUCGAGGCCUUUGUCGACGCGCAUGCCGGGGUCUGCAGCUGGGUGCGGCCGAGCGCCGGCACGACGGCGUUCCUGCGGUUCGAGAAGGAUGGCGCGCCGGUGGACGACGUGGCGUUUGCCAAGGACGUGCUGGACGAGACAAAGGUGUUCUUCGUGCCGGGGUCCAAGUGUUUUGGCGACGGCGAGGACUUCAAGGGCUAUGUGAGGAUUGGGAUGGUGGACUCCUGGCAACGUGGCCGACACGACUCUUGGCCAUGUAACCUGCGCCUCAGUCCGAGUUGUACAAAUCGGCUGGCAACCGAUGCAGCCGUCUAA